AUGAACUUUGUUCAAUUUGCUACAACUUACAAAGUUGUUAACAAUGAACUGAUAAAAUUGCCAGAGAACAUUAUACCACGAAUAUUUCCAACAUAUUCUCCUAAUCCCAAAGGUCCAAAUUUUGGUCUUUAUUGUAAAUAUCAACUUUUGAGGUAUAAACCGUGGAGAGCAACCCAAAAUAAUGCAUGGGGUAACCAAGAACCAACUGACGAGGUUCUGAUCAAUUGUUGGCAUGAAUUUUUACAAACACCUUAUGGUCAGUCUAAUGUCCCAGACUGGUUUGAUAAAUUACAAACUGUCAUUGAAAGUCAGGAAGCAGAAGAUGAACCUGAAGAACAAAAGACAACUCGAAAAGAGUGGAUGAUAUUAUCAGACCUCAACACUCCUUUUGACAACUCUGAACAAACACCAGAGUCCACAUGUGACUGGCAUCUUGACAGAGCCAAUUAUUCAGAACAACAAAUUCAAGAAAUGCCAACAUGGAUAAAAAUAAACAAAGAGGAAUACACUGUUGAUGAGCAAUGUGAUGUUGUUGACAUCAACAGUUUUAGCGAAAUGCAAAAACUUGCUUAUGACAUUGUUAAGUCUCAUUUUGAUGAUACGUCAUCUGAGAAAGAACCAUUAUGUCUCAUUAUAAAUGGUGUUGCAGGAACUGGUAAAAGUUACCUUAUUAAUGCUAUUAGAAAUCUUUUGCAAAGUAAAUGUGCUGUUACUGCUACCACAGGUAAAGCAGCUUAUAAUAUUAGAGGUGUAACUGUGCAUUCUCUAUUAAAGUUACCUAUAGGAUCAAGAGGUAAAAAAGACCUGACAGGACAAAGCUUGUGUAGGUUACAAGAGAGUGUUGAUAACAUUGGAUACAUCAUUAUUGAUGAAUACUCCAUGCUUGGCCAAGUUACUUUUGGUUGGAUAGACAAGCGUUGCAAACAAGCAACUGGUUAUAAUGACAAAGUAUUUGGAGGAAGAUCAUUGAUUUUAACUGGUGAUCCAGGUCAAUUGCCACCAGUAGCAGAUAAACCUCUUUACCAUGCUAAACCAUCAAAUGCUAUUGGUGAACAAGGUCAUCAAGCAUAUCAUAUGUUUGACAAAGUUGUCAAACUCACUGUAAAUCAACGUGUGCAAGGUAUGACAUCUGAGCAAGUACAGUUCAGAGAUUUGUUAUUGCGACUUCGCAAAGGCGACUCAACUGUUGAUGACUGGAAAUUACUUCUGACACGCCAACCAUCAAAUGUCACUAAUUUAUGUGACUUUGAAGAUUCUACUAGACUCUUUUAUAGUAAUGAACAAGUUGGUAAUUACAACCAUGAGCAGCUAACAAAACUUGAGCAUCCAAUUGCUCAUAUUAAUGCACGCCAUUCAUCUGCAUUGGCCAAAAAGAUAUCCUCAGAUGAUAUGUCUGGGUUAGAACCUGUUGUGUUUUUAGCAAAAGGUGCUAGGGUCAUGUUAACCAUGAAUUUGUGGUCAAGUGUUGGCCUCUGUAAUGGGGCUACUGGCACAGUUGUUGAUAUUAUCUAUCAGAACAACCAUCAACCUCCUGACUUACCUAUUGCGAUAAUAGUAGAAUUUGAAAACUAUAGAGGACCUGUUUUUAAUGAAAACCAACCAUUGUGUAUCCCAAUAAUUCCAAUCACUGUCGCAUCACAGACAGAAAUAGGUUUCCAUGAGAGGCAACAGUUACCUCUUAGGCUUGCUUGGGCUCUAACAAUACACAAGAGCCAAGGACUCACACUUCCAAAAGCAUGGAUAGAUAUUGGCAAAUCUGAAAGAACUGCUGGAGUUUCUUAUGUUGCUAUUAGCAGAGUAAAAUCACUUGCGUCUUGUGUCAUUGAACCAAUGACGUAUGAACGAUUAACAAGCUUGAAAUCGUCAGCCAACUUACAAUAUAGGCUUGAAGAAGAAAACAGGCUAGAUCAGUUAGCACAGGCUACUAGCAGUGCAUUCAGAACAACAAACUAA